UGAUGAUUCUGAUGUUGAUGAUGUUGAUGCGGAUGCGGCUGAUGAUGUUAUGGCUGCCGUGCUGCAUGUCCUCUCGUGCUUUGGGUACGUCGGCGGCCAGCAUGGAGGCGAACCCCCUGUUCGACAACAGCAGUUCGACCUUGAGCUGUGGUGCGUCUUCUUCGCGAGCUUCCUUGUCUGCGUCGAUCGCUGGCGCCACGGGGACGACUUCUCGCGGGUCUGGGCGUUCCCCUGGAAACCGUACUGCGUCUGAUCGCAGGCAGGGUAAACAGUGCGUCAACAUUUUCAAAAAUCCUCACGCCCGAUCCCUGGCCCCGGAGCGGGUCGGCCACAGUUCCAGGAAAUAUGAGGAAGAUGAUAUUGUCCCCAUGGACAGCGCAGAUGGCCCCCAUGGCGAUGGCAGUUGUAAGGGUUUAUUUGUUUCGUCUGAACUUUUCAGAAGAGGGCCAGAUGCUCACUUUGUUGGCGCUACAAGACCAUGGUGGCGCUACAAGAGCAUCACGUGCCCCAAGACCGCUUGGCCGACUUGCAGCAUCGUGCUCAAGACUCUGGAUGGCGCGGGCUCUGGACGGCAGUGCGCCGCACUGGCCACCAAAAGGGCACGAAGGCAGGUCUCGCCGUCGCCGCGCAGGCUGGCAUUCUGGUCACGGCAACGCUUGCGAGGGCUCCUCCCGAGUUUGCUGACGGGCUAGCGCUUGCAGCACACAUGCAUUGGGGCAUUCUGGGCGGAUUCAUCAUGAUCACUCUGUAUCUGGUUGUGAAUGUCGGGGGUACGUAAGACUCGAGUACGCCAGAACUCGGGUUUGCCAAC